UGCGCAUUCGAGGGGUGUGUUUUAAAGAGGGGUGACAGACGUGCGCUCGUAUUUUGUGCUGAUUCCUAACAGGGUAGUAAUGUCAAGAGUGUCAAUUAAUCCAUCACAAAAUCUGCUGUUGUCGAUGGUGCCCAAGCACGAAUACUUGCUUUACGAAAUAGAAUCUACUGAUACUGAUAGCAUAGGUCUCGUUUUUAGAGCGAUUUACGAUGGCCACGAACAUCAAAAGUUCAUGGAGAAGUUGGAUGAUCGUAUUAAGGCUCAUGACAAGGACAUCGAAAGGAUGUGCAAUCAUCACUAUCAGGGAUUUAUCGACUCCAUCCGGGAGCUUCUGCAAGUUCGCUCGCAAGCGCAGCAACUUAAUGCUGAAAUAUUAGAGCUUGAUAAACGCAUCACUGCUACGUCGAGCAAAGUGAUCGAGAAGGGCGAGGAGCUUGUAAAAGCUCGUAAAGUUGAGAGCAACAUGGCUGCUGCUGUAGACAGUCUCACUAUGUGCCUUCCUGUCUUAGCUGCAUAUGCAAAGUUACAGAAGCAGUUAAAGGAUAAGCGUUAUUAUCCAGCCUUAAAAACGCUAGAGCAAUUGGAACAUCAUGAUUUGCCAAAGGUUACCAACUAUAGGUUUUCCUCUCAAAUCACACAGCAAAUUCCACAAUUGCGAGAGAACAUCAAAGAUGCCUCCAUGUCUGAUUUAAGAGACUUUUUAGAGAAUAUCAGAAAAUAUUCUCCAAAGAUCGGCGAGGUUGCAAUGAGGCAUACUGCUGAGCAGUUAGCCACCGAAGCAGAGAUUAUCGGGAGGAAGAAGAGAAGGUCCCACACGAACAAUCAGUCGAGUGAGGGCGAGGAGGAACUGAGUGCUCAAGAUUUAAUGGACUUCAGUCCGGUUUAUCGAUGUAUGCAUAUCUAUACCGUGCUUCGGGAGGGAGAGACUUUCAAGACCUAUUACAGGCAACAGAGGAAGCAACAAGCCAGGCUAGUUUUGCAGCCGCCCAUCAACAUGCACGAGAGUAUCAUCGGGUAUCAAACUUACUUGCAUGGUAUUAUCGGUUUCUUUGUGGUAGAGGAUCAUAUACUGAAUACCGGUAACGGACUAGCUACUCGUGCGUAUCUGGACGAGUUGUGGACUACGUCGCUGUCUACUAUAGUCAAUGCUUUGCGCACACAUUCGGCAUACUGUACAGAUGCAACGCUCAUACUAAAAAUAAAAAAUCUUAUCAUGUUAUUCAAUACUACGCUAAGGAAUUACGGCUACUCUGUAGGGCAGCUUUGGGACUUGUUACAAGAAAUUCGCGUGCAUUACAACGAAGUGCUGAUGCAACAUUGGGUUCAAGUAUUUAGAGACAUUUUAGACGAGGACAGUUUCCUGCCGAUUCAGGUCACAACGCAGACAGAGUACGACGAAGUUCUUAAUCUGUUUCCUUAUCACGAUGAGGAAUUGCAGAGAGCGGAGUUCCCGAAAAAGUUUCCGUUUUCGGACAUGGUUCCAAAGGUCUAUCAGCAAGUAAAAGAAUUUAUUUACGCGUGUUUGAAAUUCUCCGAGGACUUGAACUUCACACAGGCGGAGAUUGACGAGAUGAUAUGCAAAUCAACGAAUCUUCUAUUAACGAGAACCUUUAGUGGAUGCUUGUCGUCGCUGUUUCGUAAACCAUCAUUAGCUCUUUUGCAAGUAGUACAAAUUAUAAUAAACACGGGUUAUCUCGAAAAAUCGACAAAAUAUUUAGAAGAAUUUGUCACCAAUAUUACAGGCACUCCGCAUCAAGGGCAACUAAGCUGUGUAGGCGUUGAAUCGGCAAUGUUUCGCGUUGCGCGGGACGACGCUGAGAAACAGAUUUGUGACAAACUGAAAAAUAAGCUGGAUGAAUUUUUGGAGUUGGAGAACUACGAUUGGAACUUGGCCGAGCCUCAAGGACAUGCAUCGGGAUUUAUCACGGAUCUCAUAGCGUUCUUACAGAGCACAUUCACAUGUUUCACCAAUUUACCGGACGAGGUAGCUCAAGUGGCGUGCAAAUCCGCGUGUUCUCACAUUGCUAAAUCCAUAUUGGGGAUAUUAAUUAGUGAAGACGUCAAACAGAUAUCUAUGGGCGCACUGCAGCAAGUUAAUUUAGAUACGAUACAGUGCGAGCAAUUCGCUGCUUCCGAGCCGGUAAUCGGUCUACCGGAAGGCACGUUGUUGCAAUAUUUCUCGCAGCUGCGACAGCUAUUGGAUUUAUUUAUGAGCUGGGACUGGCCUACCUAUUUUCACGAUUACGGUCAUGAUUCCAGUAAAUAUAACUUGGUGACUCCUAACAUGGCUGUGCUUUUGCUGGAGAAAUUGAAAGAAUCCGACAAGAAAACAGUGUUCGCUGUGUUAAAGAAAAGUGAAAGGGAUAAGAAGAAACUGCUCGAGACUGUGCUAAAGCAGCUGCGGCAACUGGCGCAGACCACCCAACAGCAGUAAAAGUUGCAAUGAAUAAUGUAAUAUACGUAUUUCAAAACAUUAUGUAAAUGUAUAAUACUUUUUUUUAUAUAUACACAUAUACACACGAGUGUUAUGUAGGAAAGUUUAACGCUCUCUCGCUCUUUCUCUUCGCAACGAAUAUUUAUUAGAAAAUUUAUUUUACUUGUUGCCUAUUUGACGUACAUUAUAUAUUUCCAUAGAUAUUCUUUGGUCAAUUAUUUAACGGAUAUAAUGUGUGAAUUUCGUAUAUACUUGUACGUGCGCAGGGAUUACCACGGGGAAGAAUAGGCGGUAAAAAGUGCAACGUGCAAUAUUUGUGUUCCCAUGUACUUAUUAUUUUAAUCGUUUCUUUCUAUAUAUUGGCAUUGUUAUAUUACAUGUAAAUGAGUCACAUAUUGUACAAUUACUGUACAGCUGAUCGAGUAUGAUGUAUAAAGUUCCAAUUCCUAGAUCAUACUUUGCAGAGUGUUAAUUAUAUCCUCGGAAACAUGGAUACGUGAAUGCGAUUGUAUCCUCUGUAAUUUGCGUAUUCUGCGGUUUUGCAAUUUUCACAUUAUAUCGAAACGAGAUGCAAAGUAAAUAUAUAUGUAUGUAUAUAUAUAUAAUAUAUAUAGUGUGUGUAAAUAGUUAUACAGAGAAUAUCUUAAAAUAGAGAUUAAAUACAAAUCAACAG